UGUCAAUUUGACAGCAAUAUUUAGUACAACCAGUCGUUUUGGAUGGCAUUCACCACAAGAUGAAGAGUUUUGCAAAAUUGAUCAAAGUUUACCGUACAUGGUAAAAACGUCGACGUAUUCACCAAAAGUACGUCCAAUGAACUCAAAAACGAUCAAUCGAAGUAGCGGCAAUUCGCAUGAAAAAUCGUCGAAUACUUCAACAAAUGCGCCAUACUCAAAAAGUGUUGACGCUAAAUAUUUUGCACGAGCAUUCGACUACAAUAAUUCAAAACUAUCGCCGAGAGAUAAUUCAGCUGUACUGAGAGCAGUGAGCGCUUCAGCAUCGGCCAACAAUACGACAAGCUUUGGAACAGCGUCGCGACUAAAUAAAUACCGUUAUCAACAUCCAACGUACGAAUCACACGAAAUGUUUGAACAACAAACGCAACCACAAUCAGAAUCGAAACAGCAAAAUACUUUUGGUAAAUAUGAGAAAAAUUUCAGUACAAAUGCUGUGGCAAAUGGCGCAACUUGUGCUGACGAUGGUGAAAAUAAUCAAAUGGUUGUGAUUACGCUAAAUGGAGCUAACGCCACAAGUGCACAACAAAAGCAGAAAACCAUCGACAUUAACAAACAUGCAUCGACAAAAAUGUCGAACUCUGACAAAACGAAUAAUCAUCAACAAUCAUCAAUGAUACAGAACUAUCACAGCAACCAUUUGGAUUAUCGGAAUGGAAGUCAGAUGAGCUUUUAUGAUAAUCAACAGCAGCAAUACCAAUGUACGGUAGAUGAUGAGUUGCAUCGCCAGCAUUAUUUUUCAACGUCAGACCGACAAAAAACCGAUACAAUGCACAGCAGUAGUGAUGGCAGCGCCAAAUCCGAACAUCAAAUUCCAAUCAUCUAUCAUCAGCAAAAUGGUUUUCAAAUGAAAGCGAAACAACAACUAGCGAACAAUAAUGAAUGCGAGUCACCGACCGAUGAUCGUAUGCAUCACAGGAGCUCAAAAAAAGUUAAUCAAUAUGGAAAAAUACUAAACUGUAAUCGCGCUCAAAAAUUGACGUCAAAAGAUCAUCGAAAUGGUUCUAGACCGAUUCCAAUGUUACCCUCACCACCAUCGACACCGCCGCCACCACUAAAUGCAAAAAUUAAAGACUAUCACGAGUCGUCGAAUAAAUUUUAUCAAGAGUAUCAGACGGGAGUGCAUUUCAACAAUCAACAUCGUUUCAACGGUAACGGCAAUGUUAACAACAACAACGAGAUGGGCUCGACCAAUAAUAACAACAACAAUGCAAAUGGUUUUGAAUUUUAUUCAAAUGGAUGUUCACACGCAUCGGUCACAUCAUCAGCGCUGAAUAAACAAUCAACAAACUUGCAUGGUAAUGGCAUCGAUGAAAUAAAUCUGCACAAUCAACACAAGGAAAUGGUGCAAUCGAGAACGAAAUGCAAACAAGCGCAAGCCAGAACAAAUAACGUUUAUCAUCAUAGUAAUGGAAUUGGUGCGACGCAUUUAACGCCAACACCAAGCAAUCAUCAAUUGGCUCAUGUCAUAAAUAGUUUGUCAUCACCGGAAAGUGCAUAUUCCACGGGUUACUCAACGGAUGGCACAUCACCAUCAGGUACUACAAAUGCGCCCGAAUAUUAUAUCAAUAUGCGAACCGGCACACAUUAUUUCCCAAGAGGUGUGAAUGCCGUUGCGGCUGUCGAACGUAGUCGUCAAAAAUUUGGACUGAAUAAAAUUGAAGAAACAGUUGGCGAAACGAUGUGCACCACAUCAAUUACGAAUGUUGCAAGCAAUGCUGCCACCAAUAAUCAUCGCCGAACGGAAUCCUGUGAUUUGAGCCAUCGUCGUCAUGCAGCGAAUAAUAUUUUUAGCAACACUAAUAGCAACAGUAUUAGCAACUGUAAUGGGAUUGCAGCACCCAUUGUUUCGAAAGAAGUGAGCAAUUUACUACAAGGAAAUACACAGAGCCGCCUGAGCCCCGAUCUGCAACGACACUUGGCUUACCAAUCUUAUCGAGGAUUUGAAUCACCAUCACCACGGCAACGUUGCCGGAUUAAGACUAAUCCGUGGCUUUCAACGCCCGAAACAACAUCCGCUGUGGGAAAUGGCAAUUCGAUUAUGAAGAAAAUGGAUAUCGAUACAAGUUCCACGUCGUCAGGCAUUAAAUCAAGCAGCGAUGCAGGAACCGAUGACAAAAAAAGUAAAAACCAUAUAUCAUCGGAGUCUGAGAGUAGUUCGUCAACUGAAAUUGAGGUGAGCCGAAAAUCAUUUUCACCGAACACGAUUCGCAAACGUAAACAAGAUAAACAAUUAUCGGAACGAUUGAGCAAUCGGGCAUCGAACGGUUGUGAUAGCGAUGAUGAGGAUGCCACAUUCAAUGAACUGAUGGGUAAAUUCGAUGAGAGCUAUAUUUAUGAAAAAGAAACGGACAUUCUGAGCGAUGACUCUGAUCAAACUGAAUGCGGAUCCGAUUUGGAUACUGGACAAGAUGGCGGUGAUGAAUGCGAAACUGAUGAAUUACUCGAUAUUGAUUUCAUUGACACCGGAUCGAUACAGGAAGUUACCGAUAAAGAUAUUUAUAAAAAUACGGGAAGUUGUACGUAUUUUCACAAUAAUCAAGCAAUUGACAAGCGUCAAAAUAAAUUAAGAAAAAGCCGGAAACAACAGAGUGAAGAAAGCAAUGGAUCAAGACGCCGAAAACGUUUAACACGAACACGUAAACGAAAUAGUGAAUGCCGUGAUAGCAGCCAAACGAGUCAUAAAAAUCGUUCACCACAUCGAUUCAGAGAAUCACGAAGUGUUGGCGGUACACCUGUCUCUUUGCGACGCAACAAAUCCGAACAUCAUUAUCAAAGCACAUCCAAAAUGGUUCCAUUGUCUAGUCGAUGUAAUUCACUUACAUUUACUGAAAUCCAUUCCAUUCGUAGUCGAUUUUUGGCUAUAGCCGAAAGUGAAAAGGCAUUGCUUAAAGCCGACAUUGAAGCCGAUGUCAAAUAUAAACAACUCAUUCAUGAGGCCGAAACAAUACUUGUAUCGAUGAAAACGACCACUGUGAGAGAAACACCAGUACCAAGUCCAAGUCGCCGUGUAUGCAGUGUUCCAGCCAAUAAACGUGUUGAAAUGCUACGAAAUUGUGAGGCCGAUUUACGUCGCGAACUCUUGAAAACACAAUCAAAGCCCACCAAUGAAGAAAAUGUGAUCAAUCGAAAGGAUUCAUUUGAAACACCAGUUGCACCAAGUAGUCCGGUUAAAGUAAAACAUACAAAUGGCAAUGGUGGUCGUUUUAGUCCACGCAAAACACAUUUAACGAAUUUCAUAAAUCAAAAUAUAACUGGCGUCGAAUUGUUGCGCCGUCAAAAUGUAACCGAAAAUCAUCAAUCGUCGACAACAUCAUCGUUGGACGCAUAUGAAACGAAAAUGAAGCGUUCACCAUGUUUACAAUUUAAUACCGUUAAUAAUCGCAUGAAAAUAACACCACCAAAAUCACCAAUGCCACGACGACGUUUUCGAAGUCAAAGUCCACGGAUUUGCAUUGAAUCCGAUUCGGAUAGUGACACAUUGAAUGGAAAUGCACCAAAUACUGUAGUGCAAAGAAAACCGGCUGCCCCAUCAAAACGUAUUGAAUUAAAUCGAAAUAAGGAGAACAAAUUAAGAAAUUCAUGGCGCAAAAGCCGACAAUCGAUUACCGCAAACGAUGAUAUUCUCAAUCAAAAUACAAUAGCACCGUCUGAAGUGGACGCACUUGACACCACCGACCAUCGUCCAUUCCGUUCGAUUGACAUGGCACAUCGCUUAACUGAAACAUUUUAUUGCCCACAAAGUGAACCACUUAAGCGAAAAAUCUAUUCGGAGAAAACACUUGAUCGAUUGCAAAAGAGCUUGGACAUGGAAUCAGAAAUUCCGAAGAAAGCAUUAUUGCAAAAGAUUUCGAAUCUACGACGUGGACGUCAACAACAGCAACAACAACAUACACUUAAAACCGCACAGAGUUUCGAAUGCAAUGCCAAUCAAUCAAAUGGCACACUCAGCGGCAGCAGUGCAAAUGCCAGCGAAAAUGAUUUGGCUAUGUUAAAUAAACGACAAUUAAUCCUAAACACAAUUGAAGAUUUGAAGCGUAAUCUUGAAGAUCAGAGCAUCGAAUUAUGUGGGCUCAAUGAUGAUGAGGAUUAAUUUACGAUUGACCACAAUUUCAAUUGAUUUUAUCUAGUACAUUUGUUUUCGUUCAUGUGUUCAAUUAUUUUCUUC